AUGGGUGGAAUGAAGAAGUCGACCAAAAAGUUUGAGAAACACCAUCUCAAAGACACCCUUGAACGACGAAAGGCUUCCGCCAAGAUCAAGCAGCGCCACCAGCUGAACGAGAAGCGCAAAGCCAGCCGACGCGAUGCCGAAGACGAUGCCGAGCCGGACCCCGAGGAGGUCAAGAAGCAGGAUGCUUUUGCGGAAAUGAACGUCGAUGACUUCUUUGCUGGCGGCUUUGAAAUCGCUGAUCCGACUAGCGGCAAGAAGAAGGCCAGCAAGAAGGACGUUACCCCCAAGAUUGGCAAGCGCAAGCGCGCGGCCGACCAGGCCCAAGACGACGAAGAAGCCUCUGAAGCCAGCGAUGACGACGAUGCAAGCAGUGCCAAUGGAUUUGACGAACAUAACGCCCAGCUAGAGGCGUUGAAGGAGAAGGAUCCCGAGUUCUACAAGUACCUGAAGGAGAAUGAUGCAGAGCUUCUGGACUUCGGCGACCACGGCGACCUCGCAGAAGUCGACGAAUUGAGCGAGGGCGAAGCUGCUGAUGAGGGCCCUGCGAAAAAGAAAAAGAAGAAGUCCAAGCAAGCAGAGGAGGAAGAGGAGGAGGAGAAUGUCAUCGAUAACACCUUGACCAUCCCCAUGGUCAAGAAGUGGCAGACUUUGAUGGAGGAGCAACAUUCGAUCCGAGCCAUGCGCCAGACUGUCCUUGCCUUCCGAUCUGCAGCCUUUAUGAACGAUGCUGAGGCCCCCGAGCAGAAGUACACUAUCUCGGACCCGGAAGUCUACCACCAGGUCCUUGUGACGGCCCUGAAUAUCGUCCCUAAAGUUCUGGGACACCAUCUCCCAGUUAAGGAGACUGCAUCGGGCAAGAUUCGGGUUUCGUUGGACUCGAAGAAGUUCAAGACCAUGACUCCCCUCAUUAAAUCAUACACUUCCUCCGUUCACCAGCUGCUCAUCAACCUGUCCGAUGCGUCGACCCUCAAGUUGACCCUCUCGGCGAUGGAGCCUAUGCUUCCUUAUCUCCUUCAGUUCCGCAAGGUUCUGAAGACUCUAAUCAAGACUGUUGUCGGAAUCUGGGCCGAUGUCUCCACCGCUGAUGCCACUCGUAUCACUGCCUUCCUCUUGCUGCGCCGUCUCAUGGUCCUCGGCGACGCUGGUAUCAAGGAGACUGUGCUCAAGGCCACUUAUGAGGGUGUCGUCAAGGGUAGCCGCAACACCACUGUACACACCCUGGCUGGAGUCAACUUGAUGAAGAACUCGGCGGCCGAGAUCUGGGGUAUCGACCAGAACGUCUCUUACACCACUGGCUUCUCUUUCAUCCGGCAAUUGGCCAUGCACCUCCGCAGCAGCAUCACCAACACUUCGAAGGAGUCCUACAAGACCAUCUACAACUGGCAAUACGUGCACUCGCUCGAUUUCUGGUCGCGUGUGCUCUCCCAGCACUGCGAUGGCCUCGUCGAAGCCCAGUCCGGCAAGCAGUCUGCCCUGCGCCCGCUCAUCUACCCCGUCGUCCAGAUCACCCUCGGCGCCAUGCGCCUCAUCCCAACUGCGCAGUACUUCCCCCUCCGCUUCCAGAUGACCCGCGCCCUGCUGCGCGUGUCCCGCGCCACAGGCACCUACAUCCCGCUCGCGUCCUCGCUCUUGGAGGUCCUCACCUCCGCGGAGAUGCGCAAGCCUCCUAAGUCCAGCACCCUCAAGCCGCUCGAGUUCCACACCGCCAUCCGCGCGCCCAAAUCCUACCUGCGCUCGCGUACCUACCAGGACGGCGUCGGCGAGCAGGUCGCCGAGCUUCUGUCCGAGUUCUUCGUCCUGUGGUCCAAACACAUCGCGUUCCCGGAGCUGUCGGUGCCCGUUGUCGUUGCUCUCAAGCGCUGGCUGAAGCAGGUCUCGGCCCGCAGCGGUGGCAACAAGAACGCCAAGAUCAACCAGAUGAUCCUCCUGCUCGUGCAGAAGGUCGAGGCCAACGCCCGCUGGAUCGAGGAGCGCCGCUUGAACGUCUCGUAUACUCCGCGCAACCGCACCGAGGUCGAUACUUUCCUCAAGGACGUCGACUGGGAAUCUACUCCGAUUGGUGCGUUCGUCAAGACUCAGCGGAAGCUGAGAGAGGAGCGUGCGGCCGUUCUCGAGGAGGGUCGUCGCGAGGAGGAGAAGCGUCGUGCGGAAGAAAAGAAGCGCGACGGCGAUGAGAUCAUGGACGGUUUCGGCAGUGAUGAUGAUAGUGACGAGGAUGAGGAGGAGAUGGAGAGCGAGGAGGAAAUUGAGUUAGAGAGCGAAGACGAAGAUGAGGAUGAGGUGGAGAUGGAGGAGGAGUAG